AUGUUGAUAUGUGUAUGGGAAAUUAUACUGUACCACUAUGCCGAAUGGAUUGAAUAUCACUACAAACAGCACCUCAAGCCAAAAUAUGGACAGAAACUACCACCAGGGGUGGUCUUAUUGGAUUCGGCGACUCUUUCGCAAGCAUUGACGGGGAAGCAUUGGGCUCAAAUUUGGGCGACUUAUUCAUUAAUCGAUCCCGCCUAUUCCGAUGGCUCCACCUUUCAAUUCUGGGUUGAUGUGGGGAACGGGCAUUGCUUUCUGAUACCAUCCCUCCUGUUCAGCUUUUGCAUUACCUUUGAUGGUGCCGAGGAAUCCUCCAUAUUUUGCUGGAACAAUAUUGUUUCCCCGCGGACACAGGGCUUGAUUGUCUGCGUAUUUCAGUACAUCAUGAUGCAUGGAACCUUUUUGUAUUAUGCAAGCUACAUUUACAGCAAAAAGUGGGUGGGAGUUUCCUUGGGUGGCAAGCUCUUUGUGACCAUUGCCAAUAUACUGUGGGUGGUAUUUCCUGCCAUUGCCAUUGUUGCCGCCUACCAUGCCGUUCACGACAAUUCAUGGAAAGUUCUGCGAGAAUAA